AUGCCCGAACCGAACACUACCCUGCGUAGCCUCCAGGACGAUACGAAAAUCGAAGACGUCCUCGCUCAGCAGCAGAAAGACUAUGACUGUCUGCCCUGCCGUCUCAUGGGCAGCGCGGCCUUUGCUGGCCUUGGCAUUUAUUCUUAUGGCUCUGGCAUGUCGCAAUUGAGAAAGAGAGAGCUGGAGAUCUUGCAGAGCGGGAGUAGGAUUGGAAUGGGCCCAAGGAAAGCAGGGAUUUAUGUUAUUAGUGGCAUACUCGUGGGAUUGGGAGUCUAUCGGUUGAAGUAUUAA